UCACAUAAUACUUCCUUAUCACGGCAAGUACAAAAACUCGUCCCACUUAUCUGACAUUGUCAGUUUGUCUUCUUCAUUCUCCCCGAAAUGCUGAAACUCUUCACGCUUCUCUGCGUGGUUUACACCGCCUAUGGUCUUGUCCUCCCAGCUUCUAUGCUAGCCAGUUACACAGAUGCAUUUGCCAGAACUCAAAUGCUUGCUCUUGCUUCAGCUGCAUAUUCCUCUAAUCCACAACAUUGCCUUGACUCUAAAUUCACAAACGCUAAGCUUCAACGUCAAAUUUAUGUGAAGAACUGUGCUUUAGUGAGCAACGAUGUGUGCUCUGGAUACACUGCUGUUCUUCAUAACGAUAAGGCAAUUGUAAUAAGUUUCCGUGGAACUCAAGGAUUUUUCCAAUUGAUUUCUGAGGCUAACAAGAGUGUCUUUGAAUCACAAAUGUCUUGGAUCGCCGGAGGAAAAGUAUCUAAAUAUUUUGGAGAUGCUUUCACAAAAGUUUGGGCUGCUGGAAUGAAGGAUGACUUUGCAACUCUUCUGGCCGCAAACCCUGGAUAUGAAGUUUGGGUGUCUGGACACUCUCUCGGAGGAUCACUCGCUUCGCUCGCAGCAUCUUACGUCAUCGGAACAAAAAUGGUUGAUGGAUCCCGUGUGAAACUUGUCACCUACGGAGAACCACGUACCGGAAACAAGGAUUAUGCUCAUGCUCACGAUAAUCAACUUGCAUUCUCUUAUCGUGUCACACAUAACCGUGAUGUUGUUCCACACGUUCCAAAUGAGGACUUUAUGGGAUAUUACCACAACAAGUAUGAGGUCUAUUACCGUGAGAAUAUGAAGAGCGGUGCAAAAUUUACUAUCUGCAACGGUGAUGAAGAUAACGGAUGCUCUGAUGGGCUCUGGAUCACUACAUCAAUCGAUGAUCAUCUUCAUUACUUUGAGAAGGAUAUCAGUGCAUGGGGAGAUAAGGGAUGUAACUAAAUUAGUAAAUUUUGUAUUUUUUUGAAUUUUUCUGUAUGUCAUAAUAAAUAUGAGCUCCUAAUC